AUGAAAUCUGGGAUGUUUGGCAACAUUAAAUUGGAUAUCAAAUCUAAGAAGCGGCUGGCCAAGACACAGAGCAACGUGGAGGCGGUUCGCGCGCUCGUCGGCGCCUGGCACCGCGUCGCCCUCUUCGAGCGCCGCGACGGCCGCAAGGACGCGCUGCUGUGCCUCGACGACCGGCAGGAUCGGACGGCCAAACGGUACGCGGAGAUCAGCUCAGGGGCGGCGCAGAUCCAGGAGCUGCUGAAGGAGAACCAGCGCCUGUUCGGGCUGGAGGCGCCGGCGGGGGCGCCGGUGGGGGCGAAGGGCUGGCGGGACUACGUGGACUUCGUGGACGCGCUGGUCGGGGAGGCCGUGCUGCGCACCGUCGGCUGCAGUGUUAAUAUAAAGAAAAUGCACAGUAACGCCAUCUAUGCGAGUUUCUUCGAACUUUUUGAACCAAGAACUGGCUGA